AUGGAAAACCCCUGGUUGACUGUUACGCUCUCUUCUCCCUUGAAUCCAUCGAUUCCGGUCGGCAAUCUCAGCCACUCGCCGCCCAUCCCCGAUCCCCCAGACCCGCCUGAUCCUCUCCAAUUUCCUCCUCUCCCUUCUCCUCUCUCAGGUGGCCAGAAACCACCAAAAAAACUACGUUUCUAUCGCUCCUUCCCUAAUCCUACUGUUCCCUCUCCUCCUAUCCCCUCCCCCCCUACUACCUCUGUGGCUGCAGUGCCUGUCUCCUCCUCCGGAGCUGCAACUUCAGCACCAUCUACUGCCGAUCUGUUGGCUUCUUUCAUCUCCCUUCCUCCUCUACUGUUCCAAAACCGAGAUCUGGAUUGGCUACAGAUCCCAGCCUACAGCCUCAUUCAAAACGUCUUGAACUACUUAUGGGGCAAGGGAAAACACCUGGAAAUUCAUAUGCUCCCCCAGUCAAACUCUGUGUUGCGAUCUGCUCACACUGAAGACUUUACCCCAUCACUUCAGAAGAUACAGCUUUGGGCUCACCUUAAAGGCGUCCCCUUCGACCUCAUAUAUGAUGCAGGCUUGAGUCAUAUUGCAGGUCAAAUAGGUGAACCGAAAGAAACUGAUGACUGGACCCUAAGCCUUUCUAGCAUCAGUGUUGCUCAUGUUAAGGUGGAAAUAGAUACUACUGUCCCCCUCCCUUCGAAAGUGGAAGUUGGAAGGAUGAAUGGUACGUUUGUCACGGUCGAAGUCGAAUACCCUUGGAUCCCUCCCUCUUGUGCUCACUGCAAGGAGGUUGGCCACAUCCAACGCCACUGCCCCCUGCUCCCUCCGCCCUCUCCCCUAUUCCAAAGCAAAAGCCACCGCCCCCUGCUAAACCUCAAAAAUUCCGGUCCCCGAAACCAACCUUCUCCCUCCCAAUCAUCAAAGAAACCACCCCCAGCCAAUAAAUUCUGUUUCUCUUGUCGUGCUACUGGCCACCUAAUGAACAACUGCCCAAAAGGCCCUGCGGAUUGGACUCUGGUCAAUAGGCAAAUAUCGCAUCCGUCUACCUCAACUAUCCCCUCCUCUGUCACACCUUUUUCUCCUCCUCCCCUUAGCUCUUCUCAACCUAAACCCACCCUACCUCAACCCCCCUUCCUCCCACCGUUUCCGGUGAAGCUCCCUCAUCCUCCAUCUCCCCUCCCUCCUUAA